AUGCCACACGUCCCCCUCCAGAGUCACACGUCCCCCUCCGAAGCCACACGUCGCCCUCCGAAGCCACACGUCCCCCCUCCACACGUCCCCUCCAGAGCACGGCUCACCUCUCAAGAUGCACACGUCCCUCCAGAGCACCACGUCCCCCGUCCACACGUCCCCUCCAAGGCACACGUCCCCUCCAGAGCCACACGUCCCCCUCCAAGGCACACGUCCCUCCAGAGCCACACGUCCGCCCCUCCAAGGCCACACGUCCCCCUCCAGAGCCACACGUCCCCCUCGAUGCCACACGUCCCCUCCUUCCCCUCCGAAGCCACACGUCGUCCACCUCCGAAGCCACACGUCCCCUCCGAAGCCACACGUCCCCUCGCCACUCCCCCUCAGAUGCACACGUCCCCUCCAGAGCACACGUCCCUCCAGAGCACACGUCCCUCCAGAGCCACACGUCCCCCUCCAAGGCCAACGUCCCCUCCAAGCCACACGUCCCUCCAAGGCCACACGUCCCCCUCCAAGAAGCCACACGUCCCCUCCCAAGGCAGCCACACGUCCCCCUCCAGAGCCACACGUCCCCCUCCAAGGCCACACGUCCCCUUCCGGAAGCCACACGUCCCCUCCAGAAGCCACCGUCCCCCUCCAACGUCACCCCUGCACACGUCCCCUCCAGAUGCACACGUCCCCCUCCAGAGCCCACACGUCCCCUCCCCACACGUCCUCCUCCAAGCCACACGUCCCUCCGAAGCCACACGUCCCCCUCCAGAGCCACACGUCCCCCUCCGAAGCCACACAUGGAAAUCAAGAAACAAAAGAAGAGGCGGCGGCGCCCUCCCAGCCAAUGAUAUUCCCACGCGGCGCACGGAGCGGCGAAGCCUCAGACUGCAGAGAUGA